UACAUAUUGUAAUAUAGAGAACGUUUCAGAAUAGAAAUAGCCGUGCAUUACUGUACUUAAAAUAAGUGAAAUCGCCGUAAGAUUAUUUUAUUAAGUGGAGGAAACUUUUACCUGUUUUCAAAUAUCUGUGAACGUAAGACCCCUCAGACUUACGACGCAGCGCCACCCACUGGAGAGGAAUGAGCCAGGCUACGCAACCAUUGGGUGCUGACCCCACGGCGCUGAGAGAACAACUCUUUGACUUCUGGACCAGGAAAGAGCUAGAGGCGCUGCGAGCUGUAGCCUUCAAGGGCUUUUCAGACUUCCAGACACCCCUAGAGGACCUGCUGUGUGUCCUGGAGGGCUGUCCAGGCAGGCAGAAGGGGAAGGCUACCACCAUGGGCCACAGCAUCCUCAUGGAGUUUGAGCGCUGGAGACGCACCCACCCCAAGGUGACCCUCCAGGCCGUCCCGGAGGUCUCUAAACUGGGGCUGCAGCGUCGUGCUCUCAUCCUCCUCACGGACGCCCAGCCCAGCUUCAUGGAUCCUCUCAUAGACAUCUACCAGCUGGGUAGUCUGGACCGGAGCACCCUGAGGCUGCAUAUCAUCAGACUGCAGGCUCUCAACUGCUACAGGGAGGCUGCGUUGUUAACCAUGAAACUGGAGCUUCAGAAUGAAUUGGAUAUGGAGGAGAUGUGUGUCCCCCUGAUUCUACAGGACAAGCUUCCUAUGGCUGAAUCAUUUGUAAGCGGCCAUCCUAAACUGGAGGAACAUAUGGUCACACUGCUGGACUCCUGGUGCCAUCCUGACUUCAGCAUAGCACAACUAUGCAGGCAGUUCCCCCGCUUGUCCCUCUCCAAACAUCAAACUGAUCAAAUCCAGCCUAAGAUGCUCAGCAAACAAGUGUUUCGACUGAUGGAGAAAUUUAACAUCGACCCAGGCCUGUGUCCCAACUCUGUGUACAAGCGUAAAUCGGACUCCAUGCGUUUCCUCAUGUAUAAAAGGUUUGUGGAGAAAGGCAUGUCAGAGGAGAACUGGAGUGACCAUGUACAGUCCACAGUGGCAGACGACCCAGAGCUGCAAAUCCAGUUGGUGGAGCUGAUGGUCAAAUAUGGUGGGAUGGUCAGUGCUGCCCAGUGGUCACUACGCUACGGUCUCCCCAAAGAUCGGCUGCCGUUUGGGGUGUGGGACACACAGGAGAGCCUACCACCCUCGUUGAGGGAGGUAUCUAAAGGCUGCAGUGCUGAGUCGUGGGACCCGCCCCAGGCACACCGUGAUAGGUUCUACCAGCUGCCAAUCACCAGGGACCAUGUCCACUUCCUGGAGACCCUGGAGGGGCUGCAGCUCUGCAGAGAGACAGUGCUACAGCCUGGUUGUAUAGUAGGUGUGGACAUGGAGUGGAGGGCAGGGUUCGGUGCAGUGUCUCCCCAGCAGAGGGUAGCUUUGAUCCAGCUGGCUGUGCCAGGCCAGGUGUUCCUGUUGGACCUGUGUGCCCAUGGAUUCUCUCAACACAACAUCACUGUCACCUUUAUCAGGAGCCUCUUCUCUGCUCCCACAGUCCUCAAGCUGGGUUAUGGGAUGGCAGGGGACCUGAAGUGUCUCCUGGCCACAUGGUCCCAGUUCUCUGAGGAACCUCUGAAGAUGGAAGGAGUGUUAGAUCUACUGAACGUGCACCAACAGAUGCAGCGUAGUGCCAGCAGUCGGGGUGGCAGUGGGGGUCCCCGUGGAGUGCUGGUUGGGGAGGGCCCAUCAGAGAAGGGUCUUAGUCUCCUGGUCCAGCAGGUCCUGGGGAAACCCCUGGAUAAGAUGGAACAGCUGUCUAACUGGGAGAGACGACCACUGAGGACGAGUCAGCUACGAUACGCAGCUGUCGACGCGUACUGCUUACUGGACGUCUACUCAGCCCUCUCUUGUGACCCAGCAUGCUUUGGGCUGCCACAGGACUUGUGCUCGAUCUCCUCACUUCAGACGGAGAAGAGUAAAGCGGAGAAGAAGAGUAAAGAGGAGAAGAAGAAGCAAGCCCGGGCACGCCGGGAGUCAGCCCCAGCCCCAACCUCGACCCUAGGCCCAGAGAGAACUCCCCAGCCUGGGGAGGAGAGUCAGAGUCCACUGCCCCCCCCCAUGGCUCCUCAGCAGCUGCGUGUGGUGUGUGACAACAUGCUACAGGGUCUGGGGCGCUACCUGCGCUGUCUGGGGGUCGACGUGGUAUUGCUGGAGAAUACUGACGACCACAGGGUGGCUGCACAGUUAGCCCAAGAAGACGGACGAGUCAUACUCACCUGUGGUCAGCCGUACCAGACGCUGAAGUCCCAGGUGGGAGAGGGGCGCUGCAUUGCGCUGGACUGCUCAGAAAAAGCCCGGGACCAGGCAGUACGAGUCCUGAAACACUUCAACGUCCAGCCAACCCAGUCAGACAUAUUCAGCCGUUGUCAGGUGUGUAACAGUGACCAGUACCUGAAGAUGCCUAGAGAAGACAUGACACGCCUGCUGAAGGAGAGAGGGUUUCUACAACAACAGCAGCAGGCUCCUGUUCCACCGGAGGGUGAGACCUUGGACGACUCGUUGGAUCCUCUGACCCUUCCCACCCUUUCCACCCCCCCUGUCCCGGUCCCGUUCCUGGCCCCAGGGGUCCCCAGGUACUCCCCUCACUGUCGCUGGGCCCCUCUGUCAGACCUGGACUCCUCCACCCUCACCUUCCCUCGGGGAGCGGUGUUACAGCUGCACACCGUGCCCCCCGGCCUGCUACCCAGGAUACCCUUCUUCUUUAUCUGCACCGGCUGUGGCAAGGUCUUCUGGGAGGGCUCCCACUUCAGCAGGGUCCUGUCACAGUUUCAGGAAGUGUUGUGUAUAACUGAGGAUACUGAGGAUACUCCGAGUUCUUCAACCUAACAGGCCCGACCCCUAACUUCUGACCCCUAAACUCUCAGUCCAUCUUGCAGGAAUCAAAAUGGCCGCUGACUGAACUAGGCCUACUGUACUGAUUACUGUCUUCACACACCUAUUUUGGUGCUUUUCCAUUUCCUCUACCUUUUCAUCUUCCUAGUUUACAUCGUCCCGUUCUACAGAGACUGUUAUUAUGUUAUUACAAUGGAAUUAACUUCAAUUUUACCUUCAAAUUACCUUCAGUUUUGAAGCCAUAUGUUAUUAUGAGUUGAAAGACUGGUUUGUCUUUUUAUGUGGGUAUGGAUCAGGUUAUGACUGCGGUCUACUGUCUGGGAAUCUUUUUUAGUAGUAUAUGUUUUAUGAAGAUAUAUGUUCUUCAUCUCAAAGCCGGUUUGAUUUUAACUACUUUUCCAUAAGUGACAAGGGGCUUCAUACUAUUCUGUAUUCUGUGGCCUUCAUGCAUUGAAUCCUGUAUUUUAUUGUUGAUUAUAAAAUAAGUUGUUUUAUAAAAAGGGAACUCUCGUCAUCACUGAUGGCGUUCCAUAUUUCUUUCAAUUAUUUAUUUCAUUCUUAUCUUAUUAGGAUGGUGGUACAGCCAACAUCUUAGUUUGUUUUUUACUUUUCUUGAAUUAUUAGUAUAACGUUUUGGAUGUCAUUAUGUGCUUAUCUUAUUGCUCCAUUUCAACAGGAAGGGUUCAUUGACUUUUAGCAUCUUCACAAGGUCCUUUGCUGUUGUUCUGGGAUUGAUUUGCACUUUUCGCACAAAAGUACGUUCAUCUCU